AUGCGCAUCAAGCACUCGAUCGAAGACAAAUCUUUCGCCACGCUGGACGCGUACAAGCAAGUGUCAAAUGUACCAUUCGGCGGUGUGCACAUCAUUCUCGUACGCGACUUCUUGCAAAUGCAGCCAGUCGGCGUCGACGCAAUUUUCGUCGAUCCAACCACCAAGUCACACCCUUCAACGGCCGACAUCGAUAGCUUCGAGCUAUGGAGGCGGUUCACGACUGUCGUCGUACUCGACGAGACAGUCCGCUUUCGCAACGACCCCGAAUGGGGGCGAGGAUGCGCGAACGCGCGAGUUGGUGAGUGGACGCAAGAGUUUGUUGACAUCCUCAACAACCGCGUCGUACAGCCAUCGGAUGCUGAGGUUAAGGCCGAGCUCACGCUGAAGGCCGGCGUGUUUGUUACUCCCGAGAACGUGAAGCGGCUCGCAAUCAAUAACACUUUUUUUUCCUAG